UCUGGCUCCGCCCCGGCCCGCCCGCUCCCGCCGCGUCCCGCGCCGCUCAGACCGGGCUCCCCGCGCCAUGGACCCUCCCGAGGAGGUGCGGGUGCGGCUGGAGCGGUGCGGACAGGGCCAUCUGCUGCGGUUCUGGGCCGAGCUGGACACGGCGCAGCGCGGAGCGCUGCUGGCGGCACUGCCGCCGGGGCUGGGCGAACACUGCCGGCUAGCGGCGGCGGCCGGGGCCCGCCAGCGCGGCCCGCACGAGCGCCUGGACGGCCGGAUGGAGCCGCUCCCCCCCGAGCUGCUGGGCAGCGCCCGCCGCAGCGGCCCCGCCGCGCUGCAGCACUGGGAGGCGGAAGGUUUACAUCAGAUUUCACAGAACAAGGUGGCAGUGCUACUCCUGGCUGGAGGACAAGGAACCCGCCUGGGAGUCAGCUAUCCCAAGGGCAUGUACAACGUGGGGUUGCCCAGUGGCAAGAACUUGUAUCAGAUCCAAGCAGAAAGAAUCCGCAAAGUGGAGCAGCUUGCUGGCAAGAGACACCACUGCAAGUGUGUCAUUCCCUGGUACAUCAUGACAAGUGAGUUCACACUGGGGCCAACAGAAGAGUUUUUUGUACAACACAACUACUUCAACUUGGACAGAUGCAAUGUUGUCAUGUUUGAACAGCGGAUGCUGCCUGCUGUCACCUUUGAUGGGAAGGCCAUCUUGGAGGAGAAGGGGAAAAUUGCCAUGGCUCCAGAUGGCAAUGGUGGCUUAUACCGUGCUUUGAUGGAUAAUAAAAUCUUGGAUGAUAUGAAGCAGCGUGGAAUCCAGUAUGUCCAUGUAUAUUGUGUGGACAAUAUCCUCGUGAAAAUGGCAGAUCCAGUCUUCAUAGGUUUCUGUAUUUCCAAAGGGGCAGACUGCGGUGCAAAGGUAGUGGAGAAGGCCUACCCCACGGAGCCUGUUGGGGUGGUGUGCUGUGUGGAUGGGGUGUACCAGGUGGUGGAGUACAGCGAGAUCAGCCUGGAGACUGCACAACAGCAGCGCCCUGAGGGGGGACUGGUGUUCAGUGCUGGCAACAUCUGUAACCACUUCUUCACUGUUGAGUUCCUGGAAAUAGUGGCCCAGAAAUGGGAGUCACAGCUGAAGCAUCAUGUAGCCAUAAAGAAGGUGCCCUACAUUGACAAGGAGGGAAAUCUGGUAAAACCACUAAAACCGAACGGGAUAAAGCUGGAGAAGUUUGUGUUUGAUGUGUUCCAGUUCUCUAAGAAUUUUGUGGCAUUUGAAGUUCUGAGAGAAGAGGAAUUCUCACCACUAAAAAAUGCAGACACAGCUGACAAAGAUACUCCUACCACUGCUCGGCAAGCCCUCCUGGCCCAGCAUUACCGCUGGGCUCUCAAGGCUGGAGCCAGAUUUGUGGAUGAAAAUGGUUGCAGGAUACCAGAAAAACUCAGUCUCUCAGGAACUGAAGAUCCUCCGGCUGUGUGUGAGAUUUCUCCAUUAGUGUCUUACUUUGGAGAGGGUCUGGAGGUGUACAUGAAGAACAAAGAGUUCCCUUCUCCCUUUGUACUCGACGAAAACAAAGUGGAAAUGCUGGAAAAUUCUUGAAGUGGGAAGCCUUUCCUUCUCAAAUCAGAUCCAUGUUUGUCAGAUCCAUUAUAAGAACUGACAGUACUAAAAUGUCAGCUAUGAAGUGCAUUAUAAAAAAAUUGCUUUUGUGGAUUAACACUUUUUGGGUGCUAAACAGAUCCUACAUUUCUUAUUUACUGUUGCAUAGGAAUGCAGAAAGAGCCAGUCAAGGCCUGAUAAAUCAGCUUUGCCUUCAAGAAGAUUCAAUUUCUUCAGUGCCUUGUUAGGUGUCUUGUGUUGGUGUGGUUGAUUUUUUGGUUUGGUUUUGUUUCUAAAUUAUGUGCACACUUGCAUUCAGAUUGAAGUCCCAUCCUGAAAAGUAUGGAAGUACUUUGGAUACUGAGGUUUUCUCUCCAGCGGUCAGUUUUUUCCCUAAUCAUGUGCUGAUUAGAAGAUCUGCAUCCUCUAAGCAGAUCAUACAGAAUCUGCUGUAUGUAGGGAUGUUGCUGUGCCUAAGCAUUGCUUGAGGCUUGGAGUCCAAAGUAGAACAGACUAGUUUUGAAUCUGGGCUCACUGGUGUCAUGCGUAGACAGAUUGCUCCUUACAGUUGUAGUGACUUGGGGUUUUUUUAAUUAAAAAAAAAAAAAAAGAAUAUUUUCACAACCCUCUGCCAUUCCUGACUAUAACAGUUUUCCUUUCCAUUUCCUGUUUAAUAUAUACCAUAUCCCUUAGACAAGGUUCUCUUGAGGUACCUGAAAGUAGUAAAAGAAACAAAUCUCAGUGGUAGAAUUUAAGGCCUAACCAAAACAAAACAAAAAAAGACUCUCAGCAUCAACAGGAUACACAGUAAAACACCAGCCUCCACUUCUACAGUUUUUCUCCAGGUGAUUUUCCAGCACUCUUUCACUUAGGAAGUAAUUGCAUAGAUGCCCUUCUUUUAGAUAUGUUACUAACCACAAUGGAAAGUGUCAGCUAAUGAAGGACACUAAUUGUCAGAACAUAUGUAGCAUGUGAACUCAGCCCUGGCCAAGGGGUCUCAGGGUAGCUCUAACCCUUGACCCACCAGUGAUUCUUCAUGUUGUUUUUGGACACUGCCCCAGGAAGCUCAUGGCCAUCUGAUGCAGAACCUGCGCCGAGCAUACCCAGCUCAGUAUGUUUCAGCCUUGGUGAGGAUGUGUCAGCUGCACUCUCUGGUGGCUGGCUUUUGCAUCAGAAAUGCUCCAUACUCUUCCCCUAAACAUGGUGUUAAGGAAGGUAGCAAAGAAAGACAUUUCAUCUGAAAUGUUAUUUAAUGCAUCAGCUUCCACUGAGGAAUUGCUUAUGCUAUUUCAUUAAGCAUAAUUAAGUUCCAUGGCUUUCUGCAACUUCUGAUAUGAAGCUCUAUUAGAAUAAUAGAGAAGGGAAUGGGAAAGUGAAGUAUGUGAAAAAAAAAAAUGUCUUUGAGAGUAAAUAUAAGUAUGUAAGUAUGCUCAAGUUUUCCAAAGAAAGCAUCUAAAUGUGAGUAUCAGAGUUUUUUGUUGUAAAGUGUUUCUGCAUGAACUUGAGUAAUGAUCCUUUCACACAUGCAGACCAGCUAAUGACUGGUUCUGAUUACCUCAGUUGGCAUGUGCAGCCAGUAAUUCACAUUUUUAGUAUAAAUGAAGCAUUUGUCCUUGUCACUCAAUUCUGUAGUCUUUUUGCAGUGUUUCUAUGACACAUUUCAUUCCUGUCAGUCAAGUUUUAUAUCUGAGAACAAACUGUGUUGUAUAUUUGUGAGUAUUGCUCAGAAGUUCAAGCACAUGGUUCUUUUAUACUGUGCUGUGCUAUAAAGAAAUAUUUCUUUUGCUUUUUCUAAAAAUCUUUCUCUUUUGAAGUUUCAGUUUCCAUGCACACAGAGCAGAGCUGCUGACAUGGUUUUCAAGAAGUUAAAUUAGAAUGCUAAAUGCCUUGUCUCUUGUUUUUUUUUUUUUCUAUGACUCUUCACAUUUUAAACUGGAACAUAGAAACAAUUUUGAGAAAACUUUAACAAAAAAAAAUCUGUCCUGUAUGUAACAGUCUUUGUACACAUUAUAAAAUGAAAAAAAGUACCUGAAACAAAGGGAAGACCUGUACUACUCCAGAAACUUCUGGACAUCUAAGCAUUUUUAACAAUAAAGAUGUUACUGUGA